AAAAUGUCGGGAGGAGCGGAGAGAUUAAUAUCGCCAAGGAAUUUGUCUAUGGGAAUUGAAAAUCAACACACCAGUUGUGCUGUCUCUGACUAGAUAUUUAAGGAGCAAGAGAUUCAAUCAGCCAUCCUUCCUGCUCAGACAGUGGGGAGGGAUUCACUCGGUCAUCUGACCAACUGGCACAUCCGUCAUUUUACACAGGGGAGAGGCCGUUCAUCUGCUCAGUCUGUGGGAAGGGAUUCAGUCGGUCAUCCCACCUGUGGGCACACCAGUCAGUUCGCGCUGGGCAGAGGCUGGUCAUCUGCUGAAUUUGUGGGGAAGCAUUCACUCGGUCAUCUGAUCUAAUGGCUCACCAGCGAGUUCUCACUGAGGAGCGGCCGUUCACCUGCUCGGACUGUGGGAAGGGAUUCACUCGGACAUUUCACCUACUGAGACACCAGUCAGUUCACAAUCAGGAGAGGCAAUUCACCUGCUCAGACUGUGGGAAGAGAUUCACUCAGUCAUCUCACCUCCUGGUACACCAACGUGUUCACACAGGAGAGAGGCCAUUCACCUGCUCAGACUGUGAGAAGGGAUUCACUCGAUCAUCUCACCUACUGGUUCACCAACGUGUUCACACUAGAGAGAGGCCAUUCACCUGCCCAGACUGUGGGAAGGGAUUCAGUCAGUUAUCUGUACUGAAGGUACAUCAGCGAGUUCACACUGGAGAGAGGCCAUUCAACUGCUCAGACUGUGGGAAGGGAUUUACUCAAUCAUUUCACCUACUGAGACACCAGUCAGUUCACACUGGGAAGAAGCCAUUCACCUGCUCGGAUUGUGGGAAGAGAUUUACUCAGUUAUACAACCUACAGAGUCACCAGCGAGUUCACACUGGGGAGAAGCCAUUCACCUGCUCAGACUGUGGGAAAAGAUUCACUUCGUCAUCUCAACUGAAGGUACAUCAGCGAGUUCAUACUGGGGAGAGGCCGUUCACCUGCUCAGACUGUGGGAAGGGAUUCACUCGGUCAUCUGAACUGAAGGUACAUUGGCGAGUUCACACUGGGGUGUGGCUGUUCACCUGCUCAGAAUGUGAGAAGGGAUUCACUCAGUCAUCCAACCUACAGAGUCACCAACACGUUCACACUGGGGAGAGGCCAUUCACCUGCUCAGACUGUGGCAAGGGAUUCAGUAGUUCAUCCACCCUACAGAGACAUCUGCGAGUUCAAACUGGGGAGAAGCCAUUCACCUGCUCGAAGUGUGGGAAGGGAUUCACACAAUUAUCUGAUCUACAAAAUCACCAGCGAGUUCACACUGGGGAGAGGCCGUUCACCUCACUGUUUGACCAGGAAACAGAAAUCUGGGAGCUUUGA